GAAAAAUGGGUACAGACAGAGUCUCUUAUCCUGUUAUCUGAUCCAAAUCGAUCAGAUCGAGAGAUAGAGAGAAGGAAGCAGAAAUGGCCACUGUACCAUUCUCAACUCUUCCACUGUCAAAGGCAAACCCACUCUUCGCAUCUCCACUAGCUCAUUCCCAGCAAAAACCCCACGCGCCGCCCUCUCACCUCGCCUUCACCACCCGAGCUACUCCCGAAAACUCCGAACCCGACACCAACACCACCACCACUGACUCAACCCAAGCCCGAGAGCCUGACAGCUUCGACGUCCGACUCUCCCAGGUCCGACUUCGCUACCGGAGCGGCACAGGAAAGAAAUCGGAGAUCCGAAAGACCCGAAAAAGCAAGAAGGGCACCUCUUCCGGCGCCGGAAUAUACCUCCCUCCGGUCCCGCUAAAAGAGCCGGUCUCCGGCGGCUUGAAAGUGGAUUUCGGGUUCAGCCCGUAUUCCGAGCGGGUCAACGGUCGGGUGGCUAUACUCGGACUAUCCGCUUUGAUUCUGGUGGAAUUAGCCACCGGAAAGAGUGUUAUAAGUUAUCAUUCGCCGGCGGUGGUGUUGAUUCAGGUGUAUUUUGUGGCUGCGGUUACGGCUUUGUAUGUGAAGUGGGAGAAAGAGAGGAUUAGUGUUUGGCCACAGUGAUUAUUACCUUCUGAGAAAUUAAUGUAAUUUAGUUGAAUUUUUUUUUUAUUGCAUCUUUGUGUGAUAUUUAAGAAAAUAUUUACAUGUUCUUGAUUUGAAGAGCUAAUAAGGCUUGGAUUGGAUUAAUAGUUGAGAGCUUGAGUGUUUUUAUUUAUUUUCUCUCUCGUCUUUUUUUAUUUUUGGG